AUGGCUGCCAGACCAGUUGCCGCUGGGAAGAAGAGAAAAGCCACGCCGAGUAGCAAGGGCAGGUCUGAUUCCAAAAAGGCUCGCGUUGAGGAGUCCAAGGCGGUCAAGGUCAAGGUCAAGACAUUGUCGGCAUCAAGCGACGACUUUUCGGAUUCCGAUCCCGAAGGCGGCGGCGUCGGGCUGGAUGCUGGAGACAAGGAAAGGUCGCCGAACAGGACAGACUCUGGUGCCAGUGGCAACGCAUUUGAUCGCACGCUGGCAGCCGGCCUCACGUCACGCGAAUCGCACGCAAAGCAAAAGCAACUAGCUCAGGAAAGAAAAGCUGCCAAACCCCUCGCCGACGAAGUCCAACGCACCAAGAAGAUCUGGGAACGAUUGAGGAGAAAAUCGCACGUGCCCAAGGAGGAGCGGCAAAAGUUGGUGGAGGAGCUGUUUGGCAUCAUUACCGGUCGAUGCCGAGACUUUGUCCUCAAGCACGAUGCCGUCCGCGCUGUCCAGACGGCCAUAAAGUAUGCCACGCCGGACCAAAGGCGGCAGAUCGCCCGAGAGCUCGAGGGGAGCUAUGCGCAGCUUGCCGAGAGCAAAUACGCCAAGUUCUUGAUUGGCAAGUUGCUCGUCCACCAAGACGAUGAGAUUCGAGACUUGGUUAUACCCAAUUUUUACGGCAAGGUACGCAAGCUCAUCAACCACCCCGAGGCCUCGUGGAUCCUGGACGACAUCUACCGGACUGUGGCCUCCAAGGAGCAAAAGGCCACCCUGUUGCGCGAAUGGUACGGGCCCGAAUUCAGCAUCAAGGAGCUGACCAAGGACGCCAAGCCCACCGCGGAUCUGAAGGAGAUCCUCGCGGCGGAACCCAGUAAGCGGGGACCUAUCCGGAAGACCUUGUUGGACAUGAUCAACUCCCUUGUCCAGAAGCGCAUGACUGGUUUCACCAUGCUGCACGACGCCAUGUUGCAGUACUUUGUCACGACACAGCCGGGAACUGAAGAGUUCAGCGAGUUUGUUGAAAUGGUCAAGGGAGACGAGACGGGCGACUUGCUCAAGAACAUGGCCUUUACCAAGUCUGGUGCGCGACUGUCAUGCUUGCUGUUGGCGUACGGGUCGGCCAAGGACCGGAAACAGUACCUCAAGGCGUACAAGGACACACUGGCUCUCAUGUCUGGCGACCAGCAUGCUCACACGGUCAUCUUGACAGCGUACGAUGUCAUUGACGACACAAAGCUCACAGCCAAGUCCAUAUUCCCCGAGUUGGUUGGUGAAAAGGACGACGAGCAGGCGCAGAACAUUGUCGGCGCGGCCAACAACCCCAACGCCCGGACAACGUUUCUCUACCUGUUCGAGGGUCUGUCCAGGUCUCUGUUCCCCGCCAGCCACUCAUUUGACCAUGAAGUGUUGAAGCAAGUCCACGAGAUCCGCAAGACCACCAGCAAAAAGGACGCAAAUAUUCGACAGCAGGAACUCAUUGCCGCCCUCUCGCCGCAGCUUCUCAGAGCCAUUGAGCAAGUAGCUGCCGAUCUGACGUCUACCGCCUUCGGGUGUCAGUUCAUCACCGACGUCCUCCUCUCCGGCACUGGUGACAAGACCAAGGCCCUCGAAGCCAUUGCGCAAUCGGCCCUUGGCGAUCCCAAGGAGGAACCCGCCGCCCAGGGCGGCCUCGAUGCUGUUCCUCACAUUUCGGCCACGCCCUUUGGCGGUCGCAUGCUGAAGUCCCUGAUCCAAGGUGGCAGAUUCGACAAGGCAACCGGCACGAUUAUCCCGGCGGACCCUCCCCUCAACUUUUCGGAUACCUUGUACCCCGUUGUCAAGGACUACAUCAUCGACUGGGCCACUGGACCAAGCUCUUUUGUAGUUGUCGGUCUCUUGGAAUCCAACGACUUUGGCAGCACGGACGAGUUGAAGCGGACGCUCGAGAGAAACAAGCAGGUGCUGGAACAAGCUGCUGUGGAGAUGACACCUGAGCAAAAGGCGGCCAAGGAUGCCCAAGAGGACAAGCCAGAAAAAGGGGGGAAGAAGGGUAAGAAGAGGUCCGAUGCGGCGGUUGGUAACGUUGGUAGCAAGAUCUUGUUAGGCAAGCUCUAA